AUGGGUCAAGCAGCGUCGCAAACGUCGCCCUCAGCGCCAGCAUCAUGUCCAGUCCAGCACCAUGCACCCCCUUCGCUAUCCGACUCGCCCGCCCGCUGUCCCAUCCAGCACGACAUCCCCGCCGCCUCGUCCUCGUCUUCUCCACCCGCACAGUGUCCCAUCAGCCACGACACUCUGAACCCACGCAACCAGAUGCCUACGCUCUCUCAGGCGCCCGCGGCGGACCAGGCGGUCGCGCUGCCGACGGCGCGUGAGGCGUCCACGAUCCCGCGCGACGCUGCGUCGACAUGGGAGUACCCCUCGCCGCAGCAGUUCUACAAUGCGCUCGUGCGCAAGGGCUGGGAGACGCCAGAGGAGCACGUCGAGAUGAUGGUGCAGAUCCACAACUUCCUCAACGAGCAGGCCUGGCUAGAGAUCCUCAAGUGGGAGCGCAAGGAAAACCCAUCUGACGUGCCUCAGCUUGCACGGUUUAAAGGCCGGCCGGGCGAGCUCUCGCCAAAAGCGCGCGUAUGGCUGUUCGCAGGAUGGCUCCUCCCCUCACGCUUCAACACAGAGCCUCCCUUCGAUCGCCACGAUUGGGUCGUCCGCCGUCGGGAGACGGGCGAGGAGGUGCGCUACGUGAUCGACUACUAUUCAGCACCGCCAGAGCCGGACGGAUCGCCCGUCUUCUCGCUCGACGUCCGCCCCGCGCUCGACAGCUUCGGCAGCGUCAAACAGCGCAUCGCUGCUGCAACAGAGGACGCAUGGGCGUCGUUCAGGGACAACGGCAGCACGGGCGUCGCGCGAAACGACGCGUAG